AUGGACAAAGCCACCCAAAAGCCCUCGCCAUCCAAGCCUCAGCACCGCCUCAGAGCGGGCGAUGAUCAGGGAGGUGCCAGCCAAGGUGCAUCUCCUGCCUCACUCAGGAUGGCAGACGCAAAGGAUCCUUUGCUAGAAACAAACAAGCCUUAUGAGCUUCUCUACGACACGCCCGAAAUUCCACGGGGCGCCAACUUUGACGAAAUCACAGAGAGCGUUCCAAUCGAAGACUUUCGCCCUUUGAAGGGCAAAUUAUCUCUAGACAAAGAUGGCUUUGUGCUUGUUGAUCUUCCGCGUACAAUUCCCUAUGAGGACUACUUUGACGAGGCAACGCUGAAGGCAGGCUUUGUCAAUGAUGCUAAGCGUGUUUUGCUGGAUGUUUGUGGGGCGAGAGCUGUGUAUAUUCAUGAAUGUGUGAUUCGAAAGCGGGCUGAGAAAGAAAAGGGAUUUGGCGUGCCUAUACCCCGUGUUCACGGAGACUACACUAUUGAUGAAGCCAGUAAACUAAUUGGACAACUAUGCGGAGAUCGAGCAGAAGCAGUCCGCAAGCAUCGUUAUCAAAUGAUCAAUGUUUGGAAGCCUUUGAAAGGUCCUUUGAAGGACUGGCCCCUUGCUUUCUGUAGACUGGGUUCUUUAGCAGAUGAAGACCUAAAGAAAAUUGACCUGAUACACCCGGACGACACCCUUGAAAGCUACCGUGUGCAUUAUAAUCUCAAUCAGCAGUGGGGUUACUUCAAGGAGCAGAAAGCGAGUGAGAUGGUUAUAUUCAAAUCGGCUGAUUCGCUUGUAAGUGGCACUGUACCCCAUUGUGCUUUCGAUAACCCGGGGUGUCCUCCCGGGGAGCCCGCUCGCGAGAGUAUAGAGCUUCGCGCAUUGGUUGUGCAUUAA